UGAGCCCACCUUCCACAUCUUUCAGCGGGCCCUAUCCUUGUCUCUGAAGCAGGCUUCCCAGAAAUAGGUCAGCUGAUGGUGACUCACACACCCUUACUUCCUGGCCUUUCGGAGUUCGGGCCUGCGUAUGAAACCUGGCAUUGUAAAGACACUUGGUACCUUUGGAGUUGAAGCUCUUCUUCCCUAUGCCUGCAUGGCUCUGCGUGCUCUUUUGAAAAGGAAUGGCUGAUGUGUGCACCUGGCCUUUCUCCUCGCAAAGUUAGCAGUGGCCACCAUGGGUUCUGUGAAUUCCCGAAGUCACAAGGCAGAAGCCCAUGUGGUGAUGAUGGGCCUUGACUUGGCUGGCAAGACCACGCUCCUGUACAAACUGAAGGGCUACCAGCUGGUGGAGACCCUGCCCACAGUUGGCUUCAAUGUGGAACCUCUCGAAGCGCCAGGGCGUGUGUCCCUGACUCUCUGGGAUGUCGGGGGUCAGACUCAGCUCAGGGCCAGCUGGAAGGACUACCUGGAAGGCACGGACAUCCUCGUGUAUGUGCUGGAUAGCACAGACAAAGCUCGCUUGUCCGAGGCAGUGGCUGAGCUCACGGAAGUCCUGGACAACCCCAGCAUGGCCAGCGUCCCUUUCUUGGUGCUGGCCAACAAGCAGGAAGCGCCUGAUGCUCUGCCGCUGCUUGAGAUCAGAGACAGGCUGGGCCUGGAGAGGUUCCCGGACCGCCGCUGGGAGCUCCGGGCCUGCAGCGCCCGCACCGGCGCCGGGCUGCCCGAGGCCUUGCAGAGCCUAAGGAGCCUCCUGAGAUCCCGACGGCACUGCGUCCCCAGGUGA